ACAACACCACACACAAUCCUCCUUAACCGCCUACGCAUGCAAUGACCAUGCGAACACGUCAAUAUAUCAACCUCUUCGAUUCUUCUCUCUCACGCAGACGCUGAAUCAAAUUCCCACUUUUAUUCUUUGGCGCCCUUCCUUCCACGCCACCAUUCUCUUUCCUACAAUUCUCUCUCAUCUUCUUCCUCUUUCCCAUUUCCAGAAAAUUUCUACUCAAACUCCAAAUUUCCAGAUUACUGAUUUCAAUCAACAUUUCAAAACACGAAAUUAUUUCAGAAUUUCUUCGAAAUUUUCGAUGGGAGGUGCGAGGAACACUUUACCAACACGAUUAGGUGCUGUUGCGGCGACGAAUAGAGUUGAAUUUGAUGAAAAUGUUGAUCAAUCGAUGUUAGGAUUAGGAAAUGAUGAAGAUUCCAGAAUCAAAACCCUAGCUGAUUUCAAUAUAGGUUUUGGUGAGCGUGCGAUUUCCGCCGCUUCCGCCGCCGUCAUCUCCGCUCUCAUCGUUAAUCCUCUUGACGUUGCCAAGACAAGGUUACAAGCACAGGCUGCUGGCGUCCCUUAUCAAAAUCAAUGUGAUCCAGCAUGUUACACUGAAACAAAUACGAUGCUUCAAAACCCCAGAUCUACACAGCCACACAAUGAUAUAACUCGUGCUGAUGGAUCAACAUGCUCUCGUGAAUGUUCUCGAUAUAAAGGAACUUAUGAUGUUUUCUUCAAAGUCACACGCCAGGAAGGAUUCUCUAGAUUGUGGAGAGGUACAAAUGCUAGCUUAGCACUGGCCAUUCCCACUGUGGGAAUCUACUUACCUUGUUAUGACAUGCUGAGGAAUUUUCUAGAGGAGCUUACUGAGCAGUAUGCUUCCAGUUUGAGUCCAUAUUCUCCUUUAGUAGCUGGAUCUGCUGCUCGCACGUUGGCAUGUAUUACUUGUUACCCCAUAGAACUGGCCCGGACACGUAUGCAGGCAUUUACGGAUCCUCGAGCUGGUGUCAAUCCUCCAGGAGUUUGGAAAACUCUGACUGGGGCCGUAUCCCCUGCCAGAAGUGCGAAUCAUUUGCAAAACUUACAAAAUUAUCGUGUUUUGUGGACGGGUCUUGGAGCUCAACUUGCUCGUGAUGUUCCUUUCUCUGCCAUUUGCUGGGGAACACUUGAACCUAUCAGAAGAAGAAUUCUCAGUUUGACUGGUGAUGAAAUGAAUGCGACGAGUGUUUUAGGUGCAAAUUUUGCUGGCGGAUUCAUUGCAGGUGCCCUUGCUGCAGCUGCCACAUGCCCUCUAGAUGUUGCAAGAACUCGGAGGCAAAUAGAGAAAGAUCCAGCUAGACAGAGGAGGAUGACAACAAGGCAUACAUUGAUGGAGAUAUGGAGGGAUGGAGGCUGGAAAGGGCUAUUCACAGGAAUUAGUCCUCGGGUUGCCCGUGCUGGUCCUUCAGUUGGGAUUGUAGUUUCAUCCUAUGAGCUUAUGAAAUAUGCCUUAUAUCGUAGGCACUUGAAUGGUGAAUGAUCUGAGUACACACUAUAUGCUUCUAUCUGGGUCCAUGCCAACCAAAACCUUUAUAAGACAUGCCACACUGAUGGUUGAAGUGGUUUGUAUAGUGCCGGCAGGCACUCUUUGACCUCACAGACGCCUACAUUGUUCACUGCAAUUUUUUUUAUAGGCAUUCUUUUACCUCACAGACGCCUACAUUGUUCACUGCAAUUUUAUUUUAUUUAUUCAUUAUUUUUUUUUUUAUGGAAAGAUUAGAAACUAUUCUUUUAUUCAUCAACACGACGAUACCAAGCUUGUAAAAAUUGAGUUUUGUCAUUCAAAUUUAAGCAGAAAAACUAAAAGUGUUGUGAAUAAGAAAAAGAUACUGUAGCACUAAAGCUGUAAUGAUACAAUUGGUUGAUAUCGAAUAUCGAUUUUAUAAGAA